AUGCCGGCGACCGCCUGCGGCGCCUGCGCGGCUGCCUUUCCCUCCUCCGCCCACGGUCAUGGCCCUCCGCCGCCUUCCGGGAGCAUACGGAAGCUCGUCUCGCCCACCCCCAGGCGGCUAGGGCACCGGCUGGCCGCUCCCAUGGCCUCCACCGUCGACUCGCCCGGCAGCUCCUCCGACUUCGCCAAGCGCAUGGACCGCGCCUGGCUCAUCUCCAAGCCGCUUGCAGAAAUGCAGGGAAAGGCUGCGUACAAAAGACCCAAAGCGGUCGGACCCUUCUCUGGACCCUGCGCAAGCUGGAGCUACAUGCACCGGGCUGUCCUAACGCAACCAAGUCCGACUUCUUGUUCAUCUUGUCAAUCCACUGGCGAUGUGGAGUGCAGGUGGUGUGCAGGCACGGGCUUCUUUAUCCUUGGCAACAAUAUGUUGUGUGAAGUACCCUCGAAAAAUACAAGAUGUGUGAUUUGCUCUGGAAAGGGCUUUUCACGUUGUGCUGAUUGCAAAGGAACUGGGUUUCGCGCCAAGUGGCUUGAAGAGCCCCCUGUUGACAAAUGA